GGCUCUCCGCGUGUUCCGCGACGCUGGGCGCCUAGGUAGAGUUUGCCAGCAGAGACCGACGCGUUCAACAUUCAAGAGAAUUCACGUCAGAAAGAGAGCCAGCGCGUGUGUUAACCGACGAUUCGCAUUUCACUCCGCAUCGGUUUGUAUUCGCUGAGGGGCGCCGAAGAACCGAAAGCAACAAAAAUCGCCUGCAUUUCAGUUUCAUUCGUCGUGGAACAUUGGUGGCACCCUUGUGCGUGCGCGUAUUAUUUAAGUGUCGUUUUUGUGGAGUGUUUCUCGUCCCGUGUCUCUCAUCACUCGCUUUUACAUAACUUUGUGUAUCCGUGCACAUCACACCCGCGCGCGCGUCUUUCCGAUUUAUUUCUCAACUUUUUGCGUUUGCGCGAUGUUGUACCAGCACGCACCGAAAACCGAAUCUCAACAGUAUUAUCUCACAGUGCGUCGUUGAUAGAAAAUGUGAAAGUUGUGCUUUUCGACGGCACACAAAAUGUAAGCAGCUUUUUAUGCGUGUGUCUAUAAAAGUCGCGUUUAUAAAGUUGCAUACCUCACCGCAAGAAGCACAACAAAGAAGUUGUUGUAAUUUACAACGCAAGACAAAUCAACAACAACAACAACAACGUUAAUAGCACCGGUUUCGUGCGCUGCGACUACGAAAUACGAAAAAACUCCACCGGCAUUAUGAUGAUGGAUGAAAACGAGCAAGAAAUUCGCUCCCCGAUCAAACGGCUCGGCUCCACACGGAAGCUGCUGGUGUUUAACAAUAUUCGCCUGCAGUUGAACGAACAGUUGCGAUGUCUCGAUAUGCGCAUGGAGGCGCAGGUGGCACUCGUCACCGAGCUGCAGGAUUUUUUCCGACGGCGCGGGGAGUUAGAAUUGGAUUACUCGAAGAAUUUGGAUAAAUUAGCGAAGAGUUUACAGCUGAGGCAUAAGGAACAGAAAGCAAAACGUGAUCAAUGGUCAUUGUUUUCGAGCUAUGCCUGCUGGCAACAACUCGUCACACAAACGAAGAAUCUCAGCAGGGAUCAUGUUGCACUCUCCGAAGUGUAUUCUACACAUUUAGUAUCCAGAUUAGGACAAGUAAUGGAAGAUGUUCAACGAAUAUACAAACGAUGUCGUGAGAUUGGAUAUGAAAUGCACGAGGAAAUCCUACGAGUCCUCCAUGAGUUACACACCACAAUGAAAACUUAUCACAAUUAUCAAGGAGAAUUAAGAUCAGCGGAAGCUAAGCUGCGCUCAGCUGAAUUAUCAAAAACAAAAUUCGAGCAGAGUAUUCCCCAGGAGAAGUUGGAGCGCUCCAAGAAGUUCAAGUUGCUGGUGAAAGAUAUGAUGAAGCGCAAGAAUAAAUACACGGACUCGAAGCUGAAGGCGCUCAAGGCCCGCAAUGAGUAUAUACUUUGCCUGGAGGCGUCCAACACCACCAUUCACAAGUACUUCGUUGAUGACUUGUCGGAUCUUAUCGAUUGUAUGGACUUUGGUUUUCAUAAUUGCAUCUCACGUGCUCUGUUAAUGCACGUGUCAGCUGAGGAAGGCCGGCAGAGAUCUGUUCAGAGUGGGAUGGAUACUUUGUCGACGUGUAUUAAUACUCUGGACUCACGGUUGGAUAAACAGAAGUUUCUUGAGUUUAAUCACACGGCGUUUAUGAUUCCGAAAAAGUUCGAGUUCCAAGGGCAGAAAACUGAGGAACCUGUAGAACCGGAAAUCUCAAAAAUACUCCAUCAGGAAAUGGAAGCACGAUUGAAUCAGUUGCAGCAACGUGUGACUUCGCUGCGUACGGAAUCUGAAGAAGUGUGGAAAACUUUAGAGACCGCUGAGUCUACGCUGUUGGAAAUGUUAAACGCCAAAGACUAUGACUGUGCUGCAUAUUUUGGGGAACAAGCAGUCCCGGUGAGCAAACCACUAGAAACGGCACUAAUAAAACUACGCGCUGAUAAACAGGAAACUGAAGAGUUUUAUGUUACUAAAUUGAGAGAGUACUUCAUAUCAUCUACGAAAAUUGCACGUCUGGACGCAAAACAAGAGCAUAUCAGACAGGUACUCAAAACGGAAGCGCCUGAAAUCAGUGGAACUCUGAAACCGGCUGCAAAAACACCGCGACGGAAGCGUAUCGGUCGAUAUCAAAUGAAUGGACAACCAAAACUAUUCGGUGGGUCACUGGAGGAAUAUGUUGAGGCUACCAAUCAGGAAAUUCCACUUAUUAUCAAGUCCUCAGUGCGAGUCAUUAAUUUAUACGGCCUACAUCACCAAGGAAUAUUCCGAGUUUCCGGGUCCCAGGUGGAAAUCAACAACUUUCGUGAUUGUUUCGAGCGUGGUGAGGACCCACUGGCUGAUAUGACUGACGCAUCGGAUAUAAAUAGCGUCGCAGGUGUUUUGAAGCUUUAUCUUCGUGAGCUACGCGAGCCACUGUUUCCAAUCAUUUAUUUCGAACAGUUUAUGGAUUUAGCACAACUAGAUUCCAAAGGUGACUUCAUUGAGAAAAUGCGUGAGCUUGUACGAAGUUUACCCCGACCUGUGAUAAUCGUGAUGCGUUAUUUGUUUGCGUUCCUAAACCAUUUAUCGGAGUUUUCUGACGAAAACAUGAUGGAUCCAUACAACCUGGCUAUAUGUUUCGGUCCCACAUUGGUACCGGUACCCGAAGAUAAAGAUCAAGUUCAAUUCCAAAAUCAAGUGAAUGAACUGAUCAAGAAUAUUAUUAUGUAUAACGACGAGAUAUUCCCGAACGACGUUGGGGGUUGUGUGUAUGAGAAGUACAUUUCACCGGAACCAGAUGAUCAAGAUGUAGGUGAUUCUCCUUCGGAUCACGCCCCUGAUGAUAUUGAUUCUGAGGUUUAUCCAUCAGAAGAUGAUUCUGAAAGUUUGGAAGCAACAGCUCAAUUCGACUUCAUCGCUCGCUCAGAACGUGAACUCUCGCUCAAAAAGGGCGACACUGUCACAUUGUACACACAAGUUUCGAAUGAUUGGUGGAAAGGUGCCGUCAACGGAAACGAAGGACUCAUUCCUGAUAAAUACAUCCUGUUAAAAAUGAAGGAUGACGACAGGGACAAAAUUGACAAUUUAAAGUCAUCAUCCUCGGAGGAAUCCAUGCGACGGCGUGCUUCCAGCUCCAAUGAUUCGGUACUCUCUGAAAACUCCUACCCCUCUCCACUAAUGCAAUGCAAUCAAAUCACAUGGACAACAGUUCCGGACAUGACGGAUCCAGGCGCUAACAACACAUCCGCAUCGGUGUUAAUCACCACGCCGAGAGAGAACCCGCCCGCUGUAAAUAGUCCGCUUGAAUCCGCCCCGAAUGAAGACGUCGUUAUUUCCCAUCGUACCACCAUCAACAUCAACGCCACCUCCGCGCAGCAUAUCGCCGUCAACGGCUCUGCAUCACCUUCAUCAUCAUCAUCAUCAUCGUCCACCUCACCUGCCCCGUCAUUUCGAAACAAUCCACUACCACAGUCCGUUGAAACAAAACCAAAGACUGAAAGUGUAUGUGUUGAAUUGCGCAAGAAGGAGUUAUCAGUUGUGAAGUCGGCACCUGCCUCCACAAACGAUUCCUCUUCCUCAUCAUCAUCUACCUGCUCGCCGGAAGUGAAUUUCAGUCAGAAUCGGGAACAAUGGCAGCGCCGUGCCAAUUCACAAUCGCAUAUCAAAGUUGAUUGUGUCGUGCAGCGCGACACAAAUCGCCGUUCGGAAUCGUGGUCGCGCAAUCACACGCCUGAUUUAGUCAUGGACUUACCUCUUGUAGCUGGCGGAACUUCUCCUAAGGACGUCAUUCCCAAGUCCCGCUCCGUAGGCGAUGACCUCGACACUGAAGAUGAGACGGCGUCGGUGAAAUCUGCGGAUAGUCCGCCUGGUUUGGACAGUCCGGAGAUGCAAACAGCCGCUGAACGUUUCGCGAAGCAAAAUCAAUGCACCCUCAAGAAGAAUACCAAGAUGCAUAUUGAACACGCACCAUCGGUGGAUGCACAUCCCCUCGUAGAUCUUGUGGCGAUAACCAGUCCGUCGCCCGAACGCAAGUUGAUUACCUCAACACCUACAAACAGCACAUUUAAGCCACAAAUCAAGGCCAAACCGGCCGUUUUGAAGAAACCCGCGUUUGGGGUACCUCUACCCCCACUCACUCCGGAGGUCCUGCGAAAAAAGGACGCCGAUGUGAUUACCUAAUUCGAAACUGAAACGCGCACUCGAUCAAAUCCAAAUAUUUUUUUACCUACUUUUUUUGUAGAUUUUUAGAUUGAUUAGGUUUAGAGCGUGUGCCACAGCAAAAAAAGAUGGCGGCCACAACGCAUGCACAAAACGAGUGAGAGCUGAACAACAAAACCGAACAAAGUGUUUUUUAUAUACCAAUACUCGUACACAAAACAGAGUUUACGUUUACGUGUUUCGAAAACGAAGCGAAGGCAUGUCUUCCAUGAUGUUCGGGAAACAAGUACCAAAAACAAAAAGUAACAAAACAAAAACGUGAAACAACCAUUUAGACAUCGUAAUUUCUUACGUAAGUAACUUGAGAAUGGAUAUUUUUGGAUAGAUUUGUACGAAGCGCACGCCUAAUUGGGAAAAAGAGGACAUUGAAACAAUUGCAACUUAUUCUUAGACAAUAACAGUUUAAUCUUAAAUUGAAUGUGCACUUUGCAUGAUUGUAGAUGUUCUUUGUAGCUUGGUUUUUAUUAUUUCCCGCUCAAAAAGCUCAACAAAAUGGCGCAAAACAAAAAUACUGUACUAUGAUAUAUUCACUAUGACCAGUUUAUGUGAUUGUUGUAAACCAAAGUGUGCGAAAUCAAAAGAAAAACAAAAACACAACACAAACGCUCACAAAAUAUUUUACUAAGUGUGUAUUUAAGCUGCAUAAACACAAUAUUAUUACUUAAAGUAAACACAAAUCAAAAGAAUUCGAUUUUAUUUUAAAUAUAUAAUGAGACUGAUCCGAUCGAAUACGUUUUAGAGUUUAUUUCGUAUACAGGGUGGUGUAGACGUAGAGAAAGAAGCUCGGUAGAAGUGUAAAACAUUUAUAAUAAUGGAGUAAUGGAUUGUAGCGCAUGCGCGUAUAUUAUACACACGAAAUUCAAACAUUCAAAGUGUCUAAAGUCGAGACGUGCCUAUUUAGCAUUAUAAAUUACUCGAUGCGAAAUUGGAUGUAACAAGUUUUCAAAAUGGCGCUAACAUAUUGGGGUGCUAUACGUAUAUAAUAUUAAGCAAGCUAAGAGGAGGAAAACGGUUAGUGUGUGAUCAUUAGUUGAUAUUGAUAGUAUUGAUAGUUCUUGUAUGUGUUUGUCCACUAAUUUUCAUUUAGCUUUAAUUUUAAGUGUCAUACUCGCCUCCCACAGGACCCCGUUUGCCUUAUAUACCUUAUAUAUUACUCAGCGCGGAUUAUACCGGAAGUGCACAAUGUUUGCAGCAAUGGCUGCGCUUGAAAACUGAUUGUCGUGAUGAACGUUCUUGAUGUAUCGAUUUUAUUUAACUCGUUGCAAGUUUUAUGUGUAACACACACACAACUUUACUACUGUGUAUACUAGAUAUUAUACACUGUGCCACACUAUAUCUGUAUUAUGUAAUAUCUACACGGAACAAUAUUGGAAUAGAAAUUGUAACACACACUCACAUACAUCCUCGGAUUAUACUCUUUAAAUGUCAACAUUUACAAUAUCUGAAUAAAACUUAUAAUUGUCA